UUUUCUGAGGUUUGAACAGGUCGAGAUCUGAGUUGCUGUUUACCAACGAAUCCGUUAUUAGGAGAGGUUGUUCACCCACAUAGCCAGUCUUCAUUGGUCUGACCUUCCCAGACACUCACCUACAUAAGCUUCACCUCGUCCACUCCUCCCACCAUCAAAAAUUGAAUCCAAUUCUCACUAGCAGGCGCUCUCCCCAACACACAAGCACUUCCGCCAACACCCUGAAAACGUCCCAUGGCACGUACAGCACUUGCAGUUGGUUUGGUCCUUGUCGCAGUGACCAUGCUCUGGCCAGGCACUGCAGCUCAGUCGAGUUGCACAAGCGUCAUAAUCAGCAUGUCGCCAUGUCUUAACUACAUUUCAGGGAACUCCUCAACCCCGUCUUCAGGAUGCUGCACGCAACUUGCUAGUGUUGUCCGCUCGCAGCCACAGUGCCUGUGUGAGGUUCUGAAUGGUGGUGGGUCUUCUGUGGGGAUCAACAUCAACCAAACUCAAGCUCUGGCACUACCUGGCGCUUGCAGUGUUCAGACUCCUCCCCUCAGCCGCUGUAAUGCUGCUUCUCCAGCAGACUCCCCAGCAGCUGAAUCUCCAACUACAGUUCCCUCAGAUGGCGGAUCCAAAACUGUACCAUCAACAGACAACGGCACAUCAAAUGGAAGUUCCACAAAAUCAUCAAUGUCCCUGCUCUUCAUCCUUCUCAUUGCUGCAUCAUAUGCUUCAACUUUCAUCGCGGGAUAAAUUUAACAAUCCGUCAGAACAUAUUUCACCGUUCUUACAUAUUCGUGAUUGUUGCUUGUAUUCGUUUUUAUUUUUUGUUUAUUUCUUCUGGUUCCGAUUGUUUGAGUGGUUCAUGUAAUAAUUUAUAUUUCGGUGAGUUCUGAGAGGAUGAUAUGGUUUUGUAUGGCUGAAGAGACUUUUUGCUCUCUUCCCUUAUCAAUAAAGACCAUUCCUAACUUAUAGAAUAA